CGAAGCUGUCCAUCAUCAUGACGACGCUGACACCGUCGUUGGCGAAGAUGCGUGCGCAGUUUGAGAAGCAGGAGAGGCUGAGCAUGGAGUCGGCUCUUGAGAUCAUCCACACGGCGCAUGACGUGAUGGACAAGGAGCCCAACUUGCUGUACUUGAACGCGCCGGUCGUUGUGUUUGGCGACAUCCACGGACAGUUCUUCGACUUGAUGAAGCUACUCGACAAGUGCGACUUCUUCCAGCCUUCGUUCGCCGACUCUGGUCAUACGCUGUUGUUUCUGGGCGACUAUGUUGACCGCGGGGCGUUCUCUUGCGAAGUCAUGCUCUUCCUUCUCUGCAUGAAGACCCACUACCCGUCGCGCGUGUACCUCCUUCGCGGCAACCACGAAUGCGAAUCCAUCUCGUCGUUCUACGGGUUUCGCGUAGAAUGCAAGGCCAAGUACGGCUUGUCCGUGUACUACCACUUCACGCAAUGCUUCAAAGCGCUGCCGCUGGCCGCGGUCGUGUCGGCGUCGUCCAACGGCCACCAUCGCGUGUUCUGCGUCCACGCGGGUCUGUCUCCGUCUCUACUCACGCUGGCGGACAUCGAAGCGCUGGACCGCCGCCAGGAGCCGUCGACGAGCGGGCCGCUCUGCGAUCUCUUGUGGAGCGACCCAAUUCCAGAGGCCGACGAGUCGGAUAACCCCCUGGACGAAGCGACAAACAUGGAGGCUCAAGCCGACGCCUCGCCGGUAGAGUCGCCUAGCAGUGUGGAGUCCAACGAGCCCAACACCGCCAAGUGGGUUCCCAACACGGUGCGGGGCUGCUCGUACUACUACAGCUGCUCCGCCGUCUACGAUUUUCUUACGACCAACCACUUGAUGUGCAUGGUGCGCGCCCAUGAGCUCCAAGACGAGGGCUAUCUCUUCCACUUUGCAUCACCGGCGUACGCGGCCUUGGAUUCCCGCCCCGUCAAGGACUUUCCGCCAGUCAUCACAGUGUUUUCUGCUGCCAAUUACUGCGACACGUAUCACAACAUGGCGGCGUACUUGACGAUUCAACGGACCGCACGUCGCUUUGAUGUGGAGCAGACGACGCACGUGGUCCACCCAUUUCCGAGAUCGUUCCACCAAUCCCAAGGCAUUUGGUCGGUAUUUCAAGCCACACUGCCAUACAUUCCGCCAUCCAACGACUUUUUCGAGAUCAUGGCCCAGCUCAAUCACGUGGUUGACGAGGAUGAUCCCCCCGAGGCCCCUUCCAGAAGGCAAAGUACCGAUAACAAUGAUGCGGACAAUGACGACGUGGGUCUGAGCUUGGAUGAGCAAGACGCCGCGUCCACCAUCUCCGCGGCCUCUGACGACAGUCGCCGGCACCAAAGGCGGCUGGCGCGACGAAACAGCAACGAGAAGCACCCGAUGGCGAUUUCAAAGGCGCUGGACGCGAUCUCGUCGCAAUGGACUGCUAAACACAUGGCCGCCGACCACCUAACGACCACGACGACGACCAAAGCCAAAGGAUGUGAUGGUAGUAGUAGCAGCGAAGAUGGUCAAACGCGGCAGCUUGCGUUUACUCCACAGGAAGUGGACAUCAUCAAGCUGAUCUUUUCCCUCAUGGACGUGGACGGCGACUUGAAACUCGGCCAGGACGAAAUUGCACGCUUUAUUCAGCGCAUUUUAGGUGACACGAUCAGCGACAAGAAGGCCAAGCGGUACUUAGCGGCGUUGGACUGCAAUCACGAUGGCCACGUCGACUUGGACGACCUGCUGUCCUGCGCUGCCAUGCUCAAGGCUCGCCAUGAUGCCACGUCACGGUUAUUUGAUGGAGGGGACGGCCGACGGGGCGGCAUGCUGCCGUGGACGGUGCUCCAGACGAUGUCGGUGGUGGCGAUAGGAGUGGGGCUGCCGUACGCCGCCCGACUUUGGCAAUGGUGGAAGACGCAAGUCAGCUCUCGGAGGAGGUGGUUGAAACGCGCGUUUGGUUCCACUGGUAGUGGCGUGGUCGUGUUCGUGGGGCUCGCGUGGAUGUAUAUGACGUGGCAACGUACAAGGCGACGCAAGACGUGAACAAGGAGCGAGUCAUUACUGUAUUAGGUGGUUAUGGAGUCUUGUUGGAAAUGCACAAGAGACCUCUCG